UCUCUCGGUUUUUUCGGUUCUUUAUCCCGCCUUGUUCGUCACUGCAGCGCAGCCGCAGCAUCGAAGCUAUUCACAAAUGUCCCAGUGUUAUCUCUUCAUCGAUGGAGAGCCACUAGUUUACGCUUGCUUACUAUCCCAACGUCUUUCUUGUGUUUCAUUGAUAGAGCGUGAUGGGCCGCAAACGUGACUAUUUUCUACGGGAAUUUUUCAAUUUUGAGGUGGAAAGAAAUGCGAGUGUGUGCAAUAUAUGCCGGCACGUGAUGAAGGGCAGCUAUACGACUAACUUGAGACGCCACCUGCUCGCUGAGCAUAAAUCGCAGUACGACAUCGCGGUCAGGGAGUGGGAAAAAAGUAAGCCCGUGGAAAAAACAAAACGUAUAUCGUUUACCUUCGCCACAACUGAAGUCAAGGAGGCAUGCGUUCAGUUAGUAACAACGGGGAGAAUGCCGAUUGUUGCGCUGGACUCUGAGCCGUUUAAAACGCUGACAAGCCAGAUCUUUUCCGGAUUGGAGAUGAUUCCCAUAACAUCUAGAAAUAUAAUGGAGCAUGUGGCGGAAAAAUUUGAAAUUGUCAAGGCGUCCAUUGUGAACGGAAUGAAACUGAAAUUAGUUUCCCUCAAGCUUGACAUCGCAUCCGGGCACGGUAGAGGCAUCUUGGGAGUGAGUGCCCAGUUCUACGAGGACAAGGCGAUUAAGGUAGUCACCCUGGGAGUAAUCGAGCUUAACAAAGAGCACACCGGCGCCAGUCUCGGUGCUGAAACUAAGAAUAUUCUGGAAGAGUUCGGUUUGACGAGAAACCAAAUAUAUUCGGUUACGUCGGACAAUGGUCGUGACGUUAUAAAGUCUAUUGGAAUCAAGAACGAAGACUUCGAUGGUAGCUGCGAUGAUGUCGAAGAGGAGCUGAAGCCGCAAGUGAACAUCUACUCCGUUGCAUCGAUCAGAUGUGCUGCUCACACACUUCAACUGGCAGUUAAAGAUUUUCUUAAGACUUUUGCAAAUGAUACACUCAUCGGUAAGGCUCGCAGGCUGGUUAAAGCAUUGAGGACCGUCACCUACAGGGCUUCAAUUUCAAAUGAAGGCUUGCCUCAGCCCCUUAUUGACUCUCCUACGAUGUGGACUUCGACCUACGAGAUGCUUGAACGCCUUCUUCUGUUGAAGAACUUUUGUGAGAACCACGGUAAUGAGCUGCUUACAUUUUCUGAGGCAGAUUGGACAGAAGUUAAGGUACUGGCCGAAGCAUUGGAACCGAUCUAUUUGGCCAACCAAAAGCUGCAGACGGAGCAGCUAUAUCUAGGCGAUUUUUACAAGAUGUGGCUAGAUCUCACGUUGACAAUGGCAGCCAUGAAAAACCCACACAGUGCGGCAUUGCGGGAGGCAAUCGGGAAGAGAGAAGAGUCUUUAACAUCCAACGAAUCGGUCACUUCUGCCAUUUAUUUGGAUCCCAGGAUGAGAAUAAUUUUGAGUAAAAAUCCAAUUAAGCUGAUGUGUGCCAGAAAUCAUUUAACUACAGUUUUUAAAAAAAUUUAUGGUGUUGCAAAAAGAGAUGAUCUAUCACUAAGAACAAACUCACAUUCGUCAGAGUCCACUGCGCCUGACUUGAAGCUUCCGUCUACAAGCCAGCUUUCGACCGCGUCGCAGAGCACUUGCUCGUCACUCAAUGAUUUCCUCAAUUCCUUUGUUGUGGCUUCAGGCAAUGAGGAAUCAGACGAGGACGAGGCGCAAUACGAAGUACAGCUGGCUAUAAACGAGAUCAACGACUACUGUCCAAAGCCAAUUGAUAUCAACCAAAAUAUUAUGAGUUAUUGGGAGGAGAAAAAGUUCAUAUAUCCCUGCUUAUAUCAAUUGGCAAAGGUUAUUCAUUGUGUUCCGGCAACACGAGUCAGCGUCGAAAGGACAUUUUCGGCACUGAAACUUGACCUAUCCGACUUGCGACGUCAUUUGUCCGAAAAUGCAGUCAAACAAAUUAUUUUUUUAAGACUGAACACAUCAUAAAGAAAUGCAAAACUCCAUUUACUAUAUCACACUCUACCGCGCACUCGGCGAAAGCCCUUCGUUGCCAGGCCUCACUCAACCCAGCAAUAAACCAAUGAAACAUCAAA